CUUCAUUUUACCUUAUUUAGUUUUAUUUAAGAAAAUAACUUUUAUUAAAAAUUUCAUCUGCAUUUUAUUGCAUUCAACAUCUGCAUUUUUAUUACAUUACUGUUAAUCUUGAUUUUAGUUAUUUUAAUUUUAAAUUGCUACUGUUUGGAAUGUACAAUGUCUCUUAGCUGUAGUGACAUUUUCAUUUCGUGUUCAUUAAAUGUCCCUGAUAAUAGAUGUGAGGAGACUUCAGAUGGGGUUUCGCCACUUGGCAUUGGCGGGAUGACUGAACGUUGGAGGUCAACUGGAGCUGCAGAUCUGAAGAUGGAACAUCACUUCCAAGCGGCCCUGGAUCCAAGAAAGCAGGAACUUCUCGAGGCCAGAUUCCUAGGUGCACGGAUGUCAGCUGGUUCCCAGAUCAUGGCUCCUCAGAGUGGGAUCAUCAUCAGUCAACAGCAGCAGCAGCAGCCUCACAGCCAGGACUCUAAUCUGAGCACCGGUUCAUCCCACAGUGAUAAGGAGGCAGAAAACAUUACCCCCGAAAAGGGAGGUGGUGGUCCUAGGACAGGUACUGAGCGGAAGCGAAAGAGGAAGAAUGAUGAUGGAAGUGGUGGAGGGAAGGCGAGGGCGACCAUCAUGGCCGACAAGAAACUUGACUAUUUCACCAAACACCCCCCUGGUACCAGCCCUAUCAGGCAUACCGGGGCCAAGAGCCCCUCGCCGGCACAAGCCCAGCCACCUUCCUAUCCCAUGUUUCCACCAUCUCCACAAGCCUCUUUGCUUGCGCCUGGUCAAGCGUCCUCUGAUUACUCCUGUACCACUCUCAUGCAUCCGCCAUCAAAAUUGCAUGUUACCAUGUUGUCCAAACAAGUUCAGACUGACCUCACAUGCCAAAGGAUUCAAGAAUUUGAAACCCAAGCAUCAUCUGAUCUUGAAUUGCGGAACAAUAAAAUAGAUGAACUGAAUAGGGCAACCGAAGAACUGAGGCAUCAGUUAGCUGCCCAGGCAAAAGCUAUGGAACAACAUAAAGCACAUACAAAUAAGUGUAUAGACGUUGUUAAGAAACUGCUCAAAGAGAAGUCUAAUAUAGAAAAGAAGGAAGCUAGGCAAAGGUGUAUGCAGAACAGGUUGAGGCUAGGACAGUUUGUAACGCAAAGGGUUGGAGCAACCUUUCAAGAGAAUUGGACUGACGGCUAUGCCUUCCAGGAACUUUCCAGGAGGCAAGAAGAAAUUUCCAAUGAACGAGAAGAAAUAGAUAAACAAAAAAAGCUAUUAACAAAAAGACGCCCUAGUAAUUCUGAAACUGGUCGGAAGCGAGCCGGCUCCUCCAGCGGUAGCAACAGCGGAGGCAGUGGGGGAGGAGGAGCAGGCGGUGGUAGCGGUGGCCUCCACAACGGGACCGAUGGCUUCCUCAAGCCAGAUCCUGUUCCAACUAUGUCGACGCAGGAGUACUAUGAAGCUGACGAAAUCUUAAAGCUGCGGCAGUCUGCCCUCAAAAAGGAAGAUGCAGACCUUCAGCUGGAGAUGGAAAAGCUGGAACGAGAGAGGAACCUUCACAUCCGAGAACUGAAGAGGAUUCACAAUGAGGACCAAUCUCGUUUCAACAGCCACCCUGUCCUCAAUGAGAGGUACCUACUUCUGAUGCUCCUUGGCAAAGGUGGCUUUUCGGAAGUGCAUAAGGCUUUUGAUCUGAAAGAGCAGAGGUAUGUUGCAUGUAAAGUUCAUCAGCUUAAUAAAGACUGGAAAGAAGAUAAAAAAGCGAACUAUAUAAAACAUGCUUUGAGGGAAUACAACAUUCAUAAAGCAUUGGAUCACCCAAGAGUAGUAAAAUUAUAUGAUGUUUUUGAAAUAGAUGCCAACUCGUUUUGUACAGUUUUAGAAUACUGUGAUGGGCACGAUUUAGACUUUUAUCUUAAGCAGCACAAGACAAUAGCUGAGAGAGAAGCGAGAUCUAUUGUGAUGCAAGUAGUAUCAGCCUUAAAGUAUUUAAAUGAAAUUAAACCUCCUGUAAUUCAUUACGAUUUAAAACCAGGAAAUAUUUUACUGACUGAAGGCAAUGUAUGUGGUGAAAUAAAAAUCACAGACUUUGGUUUAAGUAAAGUUAUGGAUGAAGAAAAUUAUAAUCCAGACCAUGGAAUGGACCUCACCUCUCAGGGCGCUGGAACUUAUUGGUAUCUUCCUCCAGAAUGUUUUGUUGUUGGAAAAAACCCUCCAAAAAUCUCAUCAAAAGUGGAUGUUUGGAGCGUGGGAGUUAUAUUUUAUCAAUGCCUUUAUGGAAAGAAGCCAUUUGGCCAUAACCAAUCUCAAGCAACAAUCCUUGAAGAAAACACAAUCCUUAAAGCUACUGAGGUUCAGUUCGCUAACAAACCAACAGUCAGCAAUGAGGCAAAGAGUUUUAUUCGAAGUUGCUUAGCAUAUAGAAAAGAAGACCGAAUCGAUGUAAUGUCUCUAUCGAGGCAUGAAUACCUUCAGCCUCCGAUUCCAAAACAUGGAAGGGCAUCGAAUAAUCAGCAACAGCAGCAGCAGCAGCAACAACAACAGCAGUUGCAGCAGCAGCAGCAACAGCAAUUCACACCGGGAAUGUUCGCUGGGAUGAAUGCUAGUAGUUCCUCAUAGUCAAAUAGAUGGCGGCCGUGCCUUAAGAAAACCUGAGGAAGAAAGGCGAGAUGAACAAGAUGAAGUGCUGUGAUUAAUGUUAGUGUUGUUCGUCUGCCUGGAACCACCGAUGGGUCACUCCCUCUCCUAUCUUGUGGGUCGAUCGAUGACAACCUUGAUCUUGAAGUCAUUUUUAACAAAGCUGGUUGGAAAUAGCUUUAUUUCUAAAUCCACGGGGGGUGUCCCUUUGUUUUUAAAAUGUUGUUAUUGUUAUUUUUAGUAUUUUUCUACGACACCCAAUAUUAUGGUGAGACUGAGAUAGAUGAGAGGGUGAGACAAAGUAUAGUUUUUAAGAUUACACCAUCGUGGUGGUUUUGUAUUUCCACGGCUGCAACUUUAAAGCUGGAAAGCUUUUAAUAGUGUAUGUACAGACAGAUUUUUUUCAUGUGAUUUUUAAUAAUUGUGUCAUUUACAGUGAUAACCACUUAAGGACAAGAUGAUGUGGAUAAACGAUAAGUGUGUGAUAAACGCUCAUAGUGUUUCGAAACAGAAUAUGAUAAUAAUAACUGAUGAUAAUAUAUAUAUUAUAUAUAUAUAAAAAGUUCCUUAAUCGUUGUUUUUAACAAUAUUUAACUUAUUUGUUGCUCUGCGUGAGAGUGGCACAUGGGAAAAUGGCAUAACAUGUCAGCGGUUAAUGUUUUAGAAAUAUUUUGAAUAAUUUAACUUCCAUGAAUGAGUUGUAAAUAGUGAAAAGCAUCCCAAGAGACCUUUCUCCUUCCCCCAAUUAUAUAUAUAUAUAUAGUUAAGUUAAUAUAGGUUAGACAUUUUGUUAUAUAAAUAUAUAUAAAUAUAUAUAUAAAUAGAAUUAUUAAUUACUAAUGGGAGCUCCCGAAAUGUGAGCCAAAAAUGAGUUAUGUUUUAGUUAUUUUCUGUUUCUAUCAUCUCUCUAUCUUUCUCUAUAAAUAUGCAUAUAAUGGUUUUAAAACAAUAUAAGACGUUUAUCUGAGAAAGUUGACUGUAUACCUUACACCUCACCUUGCUGGGCACAGCCAGUGUAUGUUUGGUUCUUGAUAGGUUUAAUUGUGUUUUACCAUGGAAAGUAUUUUUGUUAUUUAUAGUAACUAUGAGGAUAUGUUAUGUUUGCGGUUAUCUAAGUCAUUCUAUAUUGAUGUAAAUUAACAUGCUAAGAUUAAAUUUAACACAGUGAAAUGUGUGGCUUUGUUUAUUUUUGUGUACAUAUUUUUUACGAACAAAACAUUUAUAUAUACUAUAUACAUAUAUAUAUAAAUUUGUAAACAUUAUUAGACUAUAACAAAAGAAAAUAUCUAAGUUUUUCUCUUUAAUUUUGAAUGCUACUACGCUGUGCCCAAUUCAUUUGGCCCUAACCUCUUCGGACUGCUAGUCUUGAAAAAGUUAUAUACAUUUUUGAAUUAGCUUAAGUACUUUAAUUUAUAUUACUGAGAUUUGCAUUUAUUUAAGCGACAUAUGUAAUUAUUAAUGGAAUAAAGACUUUGCUGAAAAUUAUAUAGUAAUUUGUUAAUUUAAAUUGAAAGAAAAAGUUUGAUGAUAUGCUGAAAAUAUUGUAUCUAAAAGUUAAUUAUUAGUAAUUGAUGGAUGUCAUGUGAUAUUUGUGGGAUAGUGUGCGAUGUGCUCAUGGGAAACAAAGAAAUGCUUAAAGAUUAUAGCUUGUUUAGAACAAUUUGGUAGGGCAUUUUAUAAGUGAAUGUUUGUUGUUAAUCAUGUUCGCACACAUUCCCACUAUUGCAUCAUUCAAUGCAGUUUAACAAAAGAAAUUUUUAAAAAGGUACUGUUUUUCUUUCUUUUCUUUUUCAAUGAUCGUAACCAUCGCUAAUGUUAUUAUUUUUUUCUUCUUGAAUCUGUAAUAAAUUUUUGUAAUUAUUGUUUAUGUAAAUUAAAUAUUUUGCCUCAGAGCAUUGUAGUAGCUACAGCUUCCCAAUGUGACUCUUGUGAUGAGCAUCCCUUUAAGGCUUUUCCGAAACAUAAUUAUAAGACCAUAUAAACGCAAUUGAUGUUUUUUAAGGUUUCUUAAUGUAAUUCCUUAUCAUGAUUGAUACAUAUAAAAGUUUAUUUUCCGAACUUCAUGAUAAGAAGUUAUUAUGGGCAGUCACUUUAACUGUAUUGUUAUUUAUUUAACUAGCCAAAGGGGUGUUUCUAACGAUGAAAAUAUAUUAAAUAAAACAGAUUGUAUUAUAAUUAAAUAUUGUUUCUCAACAACGUUUUGUUUCAUUUUAUUUUUUUUUAAUUUCAUUAUUAUUAUUAUUUUGUCUUUUUAUUUUAUUAUAUAUUUUUUUUUUGUGAAUACCGUUGAUAGAGUAGUAAACAGGAACACGUUAUUUAAAACCUU